CAUUUCUAACAGAUUUUCGCCUCACUUAAAACACCACGGAGUUUGGUCUCCUGGUUCUAGUCUUCAUAGAUACAACAUUAAAUUCACAAAAAAUUAAACCCUAUUGUAAUCGAAAACAAUUUUAUUAUGUGUAUUAAAUGUUGUGAUUUCGUUAUAACGUAUAAAGUAAAUUGUCAACAUGAAUAAUUCGGAAAUCGAUGGCUUGAGCGAAACGAUCCAACUCGAUAAAGGACAGUUUGAUGAGAAUCCACGAGAUUCGCGAGACGAUGUUGACGAUACCUCGCAUGGUGAUGAAGAACAACGAGAAAAAUUGAUACGAUUGCCCAUGGGGAGAGUAAAAACCAUUAUCAAAAUGGAUCCUGAAGUUGGUUUCAUUAACCAAGAAGCUGCGUUUCUAGUAGCAAAAUCAGUAGAAUUUUUUAUCGAGUCGCUUGCGAAAGAAGCUUAUAAAUAUACUGUACAAGCGAAGAAAAGGACUGUUCAGAAGCGUGAUGUAGAAAGUGCCAUUGAUAAUGUGGAUGCGCUUGUUUUUCUAGAAGGUAUGCUCGAUUGAUCGUAUAACGUUAUUAGUGUCAUUCGAUAAAUUAUUUCGUUUCAUCUCUGGUAUAUUAAUAUAUAUAAUAGUAACAUAAUACAUAUUACAUUUGCGAACAUUGACAAAAUUGCUAAUCUUUGCAUUUCUUUAUGUUGUACAUAAAUAAGAAUAUUUUUAAGCAGUGUUGUAUACUUAAUAAAUAAGAAAGUGUUUAUCGAUACCUUUUUCACCUGCCAUCAAAUUUUUGUUUGUUAAAUUUUUGUUAUAUUGAGCUUUAAUUUUAAAAAUAUAAAAUAUAUGUGAAAAUAAGUC